AUGGCAGUGUCUGAAACGGUCAGCGUGGCCGACGACUCGGAGCUCAUCUACGAAAAGCUGGAUCUCGUCAUCGACGGCGUUAAAGUCCAACUCUCUACUGUCCGGCGUUCUACCAGCACGCGUCUCGCACCUAUCCUCUUCCUCCACGGCUUCGGUUCUACGAAAGAAGACUACGUCGACCUUGCAUACCACCCCUCCUUUGUCGACCGGCCAUUCAUCGCCUAUGACGCGCCCGGCUGCGGGUCGACGUACUGCUCCGACCUCUCUGCGAUCAACAUUCCUUUCCUCGUCCAAACUGCGGUGGCCGUCCUCCAGCACUUCAGCAUACCACGCUUCCACCUGGUCGGUCACUCGAUGGGCGGGCUCACCGGCCUCGUUCUUGCCUCGCAGGCCUCCUCGACAAACGUCUCGGUCCUCUCUUUCUGCUCUAUCGAAGGCAACCUCGCGCCCGAAGACUGCUUUCUCUCGCGUCAAAUCGUCACGCACGACCACGCCGACGCGGCGACUUUUCUAUCCCUCUUCGUCGAGCGCGGGCGGCGAUCUCCCGCUUUCUCGUCCGCACUUCAUGCGGCCGGUGUGCCACAAAAGGUGCGGGCCGGCGCCGUGCGCGGUAUCUUCGAGUCCAUGGUUCGUUUUUCGGACGACGAAGACCUGAUGGGCUGGUUUCUGGGUCUGUGCUGCCCGAAGAUGUUCAUGUAUGGCGAGCGCAACAAGGGGUUGACGUACCUACCAAAACUGGAGAAAACAGGGCAGGUGGAGUUGGCUGAGGUGCCGCUUUGUGGGCAUUUUCCAAUGUACAGCAAUCCGGUUGAGAUGUGGAAGAGAUUGGGAGCCUUCUGGGAGGCGACGGGGGUUUGA